AAGGGGGAAAAAAAGAGAGAAAAUGUCUAUAUAGGAAGAAGGAAGAUAAUCAUAGGCAAACUGGCAAACUGGCUGGCUUUAACCCUCUGGUUUCCUCUCUCUCUAUUAGGCAACUACAAUACAAUCUUGAUGUCCCUCCCAGUCAACAAGGAAGGCCAUGUAACCCAAUAACCCUAAACAUUUUUAGCUAAAAAACUUAGAACGCAAAUCGUCAAAUCAAUCAACAAAUUCACAUCUCCAAAGAUGUCAUCGGAGAUUGAGAUAGUGGAGGAAGAUGCGGUGGUCCAAUCCAACGAUCGAGAAUCAGCAGCUGUCAAUGGAGGCAACACUAACAAUGGGGUUGCUGUUGUUGGAGAAGAGAGUUUGAAAAAUGAUGUUUACACAGCAGCUGCUUAUGGAGAUUUAGAGAAGCUUCAUGGAUUGGUGGAGAGUGAAGGUUGUUCUGUUUCUGUACCUGAUAGCCUUGGCUAUUAUGCUUUACAGUGGGCUGCUUUGAAUAAUCGCUCUGCUGCUGCUCAGUAUAUUAUUGAGCAUGGUGGAGAUGUAAAUGCAACAGAUCAUACAGGGCAGACAGCAUUGCAUUGGACUGCAGUUCGGGGUGCAAUUCAAGUUGCUGAGCUGUUACUGCAAGAGGGUGCGAGGGUAAAUGCUGCUGAUAUGUAUGGCUAUCAGGCAACUCAUGUUGCAGCUCAAUAUGGUCAGACGGCUUUUCUCUAUCACAUUGUCUCAAAAUGGAAUGCUGACCCUGAUGUUCCUGAUGUUGAUGGAAGAAGCCCUUUGCACUGGGCUGCUUAUAAAGGUUUUCCUGAUUGUAUACGCCUUCUAUUAUUUCUGGAUUCUUAUAGAGGACGCCAGGAUAGAGAGGGUUGCACUCCUCUCCAUUGGGCUGCUAUUAGGGGUAACUUGGAGGCAUGCACAGUGUUAGUACAGGCUGGCAAGAAGGAAGACUUGAUGGUGACUGAUAACACUGGCCUUACACCGGCACAGCUUGCUUCUGACAAGAAUCAUCGACAAGUUGCUUUUUUCCUUGGAAACGCUAGAAGGUUGCUUGACAAACAGUGUGAUGGGAACAGUCGACUGGGACGCCUCUCAAAGUUGGGGCUGGCACCUGUGUUAUGGUUCAUAAUAUUACUUCUCCUCGUGACCUAUGUUCACUCUGUCAUCUUGGCUUCAAAUCUGCCAAAGUUAACAGCUGGCUUUGGCCUUCUUGCCUGGUUGGCUGUUUUCCUAGUCACUGCUGGACUAGUUAUGUUUUAUAGGUGUAGCAGGAAGGAUCCGGGUUACAUUAGAAUGAAUGUGCACGAUCCACAAAAUAUGAAAGAUGAUGAGCCACUUUUGAAGAUUGAGAUAAAUAAUCCUGCUUUGCUCACUGGGAAUUGGUCUCAGCUCUGUGCGACAUGCAAGAUUGUCAGACCUCUUCGUGCAAAGCACUGUUCCACAUGUGAUCGAUGUGUUGAACAAUUUGAUCAUCAUUGCCCUUGGGUAUCUAAUUGCGUUGGCAAGAAAAACAAAUGGGAAUUCUUUGCAUUUCUUGUUCUGGAAGUUUCAGCAAUGUUGAUAACUGGUGGAGUGACUCUCACAAGAGUUUUGACUGAUCCUUUGGCUCCCUCUUCUCUGGGAGCAUGGAUAAACCAUGCUGUAUCUCAUCAUAUUGGUGCUAUAUCAUUUCUGAUUAUGGAUUUCUUCCUCUUCUUUGGCGUGGCAGUAUUAACCAUUGUACAAGCCUCUCAGAUAUCUCGUAAUAUAACUACCAAUGAAAUGGCAAAUGCACUGCGUUAUAGCUAUCUCAGAGGCCCAGGGGGUCGCUUCAGAAACCCAUUUGAUCAUGGUUGUAAAAAGAAUUGUUCAGAUUUCUUGAUCAAUGGUUACAAUGAAGAUGUGGAGUGUUUUGAAGAUUCUCCACAUUCUGAGGGGAUUGGAAUGAUGCACAUGUCAAGGAAUUCAAACCUGCAAAAUGGGGAUGCUCAUUCUCAUCACAUGAAUGGCAAUGGCCAUGUUUCCAUCAAUGUGAAUUCGGAAAGUAAAAUCCAUCAUGGUCAUGUUCAUUCUUCCCACUGCAGCCACGAUCACCAAGGGAGGUCUAAAUCGGACACAGCACCCUUGGGUUUGGGUGGUCUUGGUCUUGGAAGAAGCAGUGCCCGAGCUGUUGCAGCUGCAUGAUACUGUGAUACAAGCUGAAAUUGAUAUGUUGCGUAUCAUAAACCCAUGUGAUCGAGCUUUCGUUAUUUGAUUGAUUGGUGCUCUUUUUUGCCCCUAAAGGUGCUCGAUUUUUGUACAAAUUUACCCUCUUAAAUGUUUGUAGCAGCUGUUAGUGAAUAUCAGAUUUAGCUGUGGGUACACUACUACAGAGAGCACGAUUGCUUCUUGUACCUUACCAUGUAACUUGCUGUUGUCUUCUCGCAUCGUUAUUUCUUACAAUUAUACAAAUCCCUUUUCAAAGUUCA